UUUUGUCUGGUUAACUUUUGGAAAUCAUUAGCCUGAAGCUCGAUGUGUCUUUGAAUUUAACAAAUCAGAAUGUGUAGAAAAAAUUUAGUAUCUCCAAUGAAUACAACUUACGAGUUCGAAUUGACCGAUGUUAACAUUCCUGAAUGCUAUUUAUCUCGGAAUCCCGAAUGGAUAAUAGAUUAUCAAAAGGCUAAAAGUGAUUCGGAAGCAAUUCUACAGAAUUAUUUCAAGAAACGUAUGGAAUACAGUAACAAACCUGAUGAUGACGGUUGGAUCACGGUCAGAAAAGGAAUGAGACUUUAAUUCGGACUAUAUUUUACUUCUGCUUCUGUAAAUUUGGUUCAAAUUUGUACAAUAAAUAGUAUUUCAUCAUG